AUGGUGCUACGCGUUACCGUUACAAGGGUGGUCGCGGCGGGAGUCACGGCGUACGAGUGCGAACCGUUCCCCGCGUGCCUCUUCAAAACGCCGACUUGCGCGGCGCGCGCGCAAUCCGCCCCGACGCAGGCCUCCGCGGCCUCCGCAGACCCAGCGGAAGUAGAGGCGGAAUCGGAAGCAGAGGCGGAAGAGGAAAUCCCCGCGGAAAAGGAUACUUCCGCAGAAGCGGAGGAUGCGGGGGAAAGAGAGCGGCUGGACGGUCACACUAACGAGGUCUCGUACGGUUGGCUCGACGAAGCUGGAUUAAUCAGCAAAGACGACGCCGGCGGCAAUCCCGGUGUGACGGUCCAGAACGUUGAGAAUGCUGCCGGCGGUCACGGCGCUGAUCCCGAGGGAACUGGGGAUGCGGAUGGCGUGAAGUGGGUGCCAGUAUCGGAUUAUAUUCCUGGUAUCGGGGAAGUUAAAAACGACGACUAUGGCAGCAGCGGCGGCAGCGGCGGUGAAGGCGGAGGCGGCGGUGGGCUGAGUGGCAUGGGGCGACGAGCAGGACGGUCCAUAGCUGUUGCUGCGUCCUACUCUCCCAUCUCUCCCGCAUCUCCUGCCCUCUCUGCCUCUCUUCCGUCGGUUGCCGCCGCUUCUGGCGGCAGUAACCGCGACAAAGACGACGACGAGGAUGGUGAUGAUGAUGGCACUGGCGGUGAGGGGGAGGAGGACGAGUUCGGGUGGAGGGGCGAGAACGGCCAGGGGAUUGUGUCCUUCUUGGCUCUCCGCAAGGGGACCGCCUUCCGCGCCCGCACCAACCCGGAUGCGCUUUCCCCAGAUGCCCCCUCAAUCUCCUCCUCUUCCGCUGCUGCCGCCGCUCCGCGGGAGUUCGGCGUGCAAGCGUCGUCCGUGGCUGCUCCUGCCAGCCCUGCGCCUGACCAGUCCGAACCGUUUAGCCCGCACACGCAGGACCCUGCCUCCUCAGCCCCUCUAGCUACCUUCAAAUCUGACUCGCAGUCUAAUACUGAUUCCUACUCUCACUCUACUGCUCAUUCUGGUGCCGGCUCUGGCGCCGACUCUGGCGCCGACUCUGGCGCCGACUCUGGCGCCGACUCUGGCGUUGACUCUGGCGCCGACUCUGGCGUUGACUCUGGCGCCGACUCUGGCGUUGACUCUGGCGCCGACUCUGGCGUUGACUCUGGCGCUGACUCUGGCGUUGACAGCCCCUCGGAUGCUGACUUUGGUGCCAAUUAUAAUGCUGACUCGAGUGGUGACUCAGACUCCCAGCAGCCUUACGAUACCCAGGAUGAAUCUAACGCGUACAGCCCUUCUAACCCUGACAGUGCUCCUGAUGUUAACACCCCUCCAGAUGAAUCAGCACCCACCGAUGCCGAUGCUGACCCUGAUGCGGGUGCUAAUGAUGAUACCGACGCUGAUACUGAUGAGAGUACUGAUGCCGAUGCAGAUGCCAAUGCUGAUCCCAAUGCUGAUCCCAAUGCUGAUCCCAAUGCUGAUCCCAAUGCUGAUCCCAAUGCUGAUCCCGAUGCUGAUCCUGAUGCUGAUCCCGAAGCUGAUCCCGAUGCUGAUCCCGAUGCUGAUACUGAGGAUAAUGCUGAUCCCGAUGCUGAUCCAGCACCACCCAAGUCCGGCAGCAGCGGUGGCAGCAGCAGUGGGCACAAGAUGCAAUCGAAACGGCCCAAGCCGUCCCCAUCGCCAUCCCCGUCCUCUCCGUCGUCUCGCAUCCCGCGCACGGGCAACAGCAUGCAGCCGUUCUCCCCGGGGAAAGAAUCCGACCUGCCCUUCCGCUUCGCGCGCGGCCAAGACUACCUCGUGCCUGUGCCCCACAUCCCCCCCGACCGGCAAUUCUCGGUGAAGCGGUACGGAGCGGUGGGGGACGGUGAGAGGGACGACACGCGCGCAUUCAGAGCGGCGUUUGUGGCGGCGUGCAAGGUGGGGCGGCUGAGUGCGCGGGCGACGUCAGUGGUGGUGCCUGGCGGGCGGUACAACGUGGGGUAUCUGCGAUUCGUGGGGCCGUGCGGACCCCAACUCGUGUUCCAGCUGGACGGCACCAUACUCGGUCCACACGACCCCUUCCAUCCACCGGAGAAGCAGCACUUCCUGGGCGUCAACGGGCUCCCCUCAUCCUCCCCUUCCCCCCAUCCACCCUCACCUCCACCCCUCCGUGUUUCCACUCCUUUUCCCCUUUCACCCUCCCAUCCUCCUCCCCCCUUUUCAUCAGCUGGACGGCACCAUACUGGGGCCGCACGACCCCUUCCAUCCGCCGGUGUGCAGCUGGGAGUGGUGCACUUCCUGGGCGUCAACGGGCCCCCUCAUCCUCCCCUUCCCCCCAUCCACCCUCACCCCCACCCCCCCUCCAUUCCCCCCACCCCUUUUCCCCUUUCAACCCCCCCCCCCAUUCCCCCCAUUCAUCAGCUGGACGGCACCAUACUGGGUCCGCACGACCCCUUCCAUCCACCGGUGCAGCUGGGAGUGGUGCACUUCCUGGGCGUCAACGGGCUCAUGGUAUCAGGCCGCGGCACCAUCGACGGCCGCGCGCAGCGCUGGUGGGCGCUGUGGAAUGCGCAGCGCCUGCCCGAGUCGCUCAGGCGCCCCUACCUGCUCGUCGCUGACACGUGCCACAACUCGGUCGUGCAGGGGAUCACUCUGCGCAACCCCGGCACGAUCCACCUGGAGAUAGCGUCGAGCAACUUCGUGAAGGUGGUGAACGUGACCACGGACAGCCCCUCGGAGAGCCCCAACACCGACUCCAUCCACAUCACGCGGUCGACACAAGUGGCUGUGCAGCGCUGCACGCUGCAUGGAGGCGACGACAACAUAGUGAUAGAGGACGGCACGUCGCACGUGCUCAUCUCCGACACGUGGUGUGUGGCCGGCCAUGGCAUCAGCAUCGGCAGCCUGGGCGACCACGGGGACACGGCGUGCGUGGCCAACAUAACGGUGACGCGCGUGGUGCUCAAGGCGCUGUCGAACGGGCUGCGCAUCAAGACGUACCAGGGCGGGUCGGGCAGCGUGCGCGACGUGGUGUAUCGCAACGUGUUCAUGGUGGAUGUGGAGCGACCCAUUGUCAUUGACCAGAGCUACUGCGACAAGCGGCACGUGGACGGCAAGUGCGGGGAAGGUUCCUCCAAGGCGGUGGCAGUCUCAGGAGUCUCCUACAGCAAGAUAGUAGGCACGACCAACUCAUCUGACCCUGUAGGGAUCGUGCUCAACUGCUCGUCGUCAGUGCCGUGCCGCAGCAUCUCCCUCCAGGACAUUGACCUGCGCUCCUCCUCGUCGCGCUCGCGCCCGCUCGUGCCGCAAGUGAGCAACGUGUUUGGCGCCGUGCGGAACGUGCGUGCGCCGCUGCAGCUGGCGGGGAAGGUGAAGAGCGGGCCUGUGCCAGCGCAGGCAGCCGCCGUGGCUGAGCAGAUGGGCGCCAUGUGCAGGUGCGGGGGACGGGUGGGGCAUUGGGGUGGGGCAGGGGCGUGGAGAAGGGGGGUGGGGAAUUCGAGGCAGCAAUUGCUUUGUGUCUGUUCCUUCUUUCUUGUUUGUUACCAUUGA